AUGGCCAAGGAAGGUAUUGCUACUAGAGGUGUCAUGGACGUUCAUACUGCUCUGCAAGAGGUGCUGAAGACCGCCCUCAUCCACUAUGGCCUAGCACAUGAAAUUCACGAAGCUGCCAAAGCCUUAGAUAAGCGCCAAGCCCAUCUGUGUGUGUUUGCAUCCAACUGUGAUGUCAAGUUGGUGGAGGCCCUUUGUGUUGAGCACCAAAUCAACCUGAUUAAGGCUGAUGACAAUAAGAAACUAAGGGAAUGGGUAGGCCUCUGUAAAACUGACAGAGAGAGAAAACCCCCGUAA